CGGGACAAAUAAGAUAAACGAUAUGCAUAUAAAACAGGAGCGAGCUGGUUGGAGAGUGGAGAGCAAAGAGUGACCAAAGGCCCAGGGGCCAAUCACUUGGAAUUUCUGCUGUGUGGGAGUGUGCGUGCAAUCACACGUCUUUGAAGGAGUGAUAUAAACAAUGUUGAUCCCUGUUGCGGAUGGGAUCGGGAUGAGACUUCAAACCUCCUUUGUUCUCUUCAUAGAUUAUUGCCACUAAAUUCUUUGAGACGAAAUUGAGAGAGCUACCAUCCACCCUUGAAACCCCUAACCUCACCCACCUUUCCUUUCCCAUUUAUAUGUUGAGUAGCUUAAUUUCUCCAACAUCCCAAACAAACAGUCGAACUACUUGUAAUCAGUGGGUGGAAGGAUUCCCUCCCUAGCAUCAUCUUGCCAAAUUCUGUUCUACAAAAUAUCGGUCAAACCCUAUUUGCUCUUCGUCCGUAUCGAUCCAAAAUAUCAUCUUGCAUCCCAGCCCCUAACCCAAUUUUAGCUGAAUAUCAAAUCAACCUUUUUGGGCAUUUCGGCAACUCCCAAAGCUUCGUUGAUCUUUCACACUGGAAUUGAAUCAAACUUCCAGCUGAGAUUGGAAUUUCCAUUGCAAAACAGUUUUAUCGAGGUACACUGCAGUAAAAGAUACUAUCUGAUUUGGGUCUGUUGUGGGCUUCUUUCCAUCUCUUCCAUCGGAAAGAUCGAUCCUUUUUCCCCCGCAGUUUUGAUCCGGGCUGAUCUCUGACUGCCUUCGAGGUAUGAAUUUCCGAAGCAUGGAGGAGUUUUGGCUGUUUUACAUGAAUCAACACUCGAAACCAGCCACCAGGCGUUGGCAUUUUGUGGGCACACUUUGUAGCAUUAUUUGCUUGAUAUAUUCAAUGCUUUUCAACUGGUGGUUUGUGAUCCUUGUGCCCUUGUUGGGAUAUGGCUUGGCAUGGUAUAGCCAUUUCUUUGUGGAAGGAAAUGUUCCUGCAACAUUUGGGCAUCCCUUUUGGUCCCUUUUAUGUGAUUUCAAGAUGUUUGGAUUGAUGCUCACUGGUCAAAUGGAUAGAGAAAUCAAGAGGCUCGGUAAGAGGCCAGUUCUGCAAGCUUACUAAUCCAUUCCGAUUUUCUAUUUUACUCUUUUCUUCCGGUAUGGUUCACAAAACCGCUUGUAAUUCCCUUUCUCGCGUUCAAUCUAAUCUUAAUUUAGUUCAUUCAGCUGCCGACUUACAACUGAAA